AUGCCUGACGAGAUCAGUGCCGACUACAUGGGGGCAUCUCAGGCGAUCCCGCCAAUGGCUGACGAGCCUAACUACAUGGACUCCGAUUCUCCACAGACCGAACCUAGUCAAGUAGAAAAUUGUACAGAAGACAGGAUACCAAAGGUUGGUAUGAAAUUCUGCACUGAAGAAGAGGCAUACCAAUUUUACAAUGCCUAUGCUCGAGACAAGGGUUUUAGUAUUCGAAGGAGCAGUUCACAUAAUGUGAAAAACAGCACCACCAUAAAGAAUAGAACCUUCUGUUGUUCUCGUGAAGGUGUUCGGCGUCCUGAUAAAAGAGAAGAAUCUUCCGGCUAUAGUAGACCAGAGACACGAUGUAUGUGUCAAGCUCGCAUGAAGAUAAGUCUCACAGAUGGAUUGUACUGCAUCUAUGAGUUUGAGCCUGAACAUAAUCAUAUUCUUGCUAGUAGCAGUCAAGUUCAUCAUUUAAGAUCUCAAAGAAAAAUAACAGAAGCACAACUCGCGAGUGUAGAAAAUGCUAAAGCAGUCGGCAUUUCAAAUAAAGCUACCUUUGAUCUCAUGGCAAAAGAAGCAGGUGGAGUUGAGAAUCUUGGAUUUACUCGUGAAGAUAUGAAGAAUAAAUUGUAUUCAAAGAGGUCACUACAGACAAACUAUGGGGACACAGGAGGAGUAUUGGAAUAUCUAGAGAAAAAAACAUCAGAGGAUGGGAAGUUUUUCUAUUCCAUUCAGGUUGAUGAGGAUGACUUGAUAACAAAUAUUUUUUGGACAGAUUCUAAAAUGGUUGCAGACUAUGAACUUUUUGGUGAUGUUGUUUGCUUUGACACAACAUACAGAAAAUUAAAUGAUGGACGUCCAUUUGGUUUGCUAGUUGGAGUGAAUAAUCACAAGAAGACAACAAUUUUUGGUGCUGCACUUUUGUAUGAUGAAACUGCAGAGAGUUUUGUUUGGCUUUUCAACACAUUUUUAACUGCUAUGUCAGGGAAAAAACCAAAAACUAUUUUAACCGAUGAAGAUGCAGCCAUGGCAAAAGCAAUCAAGAUAGUACUACCAGAGACUCAUCACAGAAUUUGUGUUUGGCAUAUGAACCAGAAUGCUUGCAAGCAUCUUGCUGGAGUUGUGGAGGACUAUAAGAAGUUCAAUAAAGAUUUUCAAAACUGUAUUUAUGAUCAAGAGGAGGAGGAGGAAUUUAUAAAUACAUGGAACAAUUUGCUAGACAAGUAUAAGCUACAAAACAAUGAAUGGCUGCAAAGAUUAUUUGAUAAAAGGGAGAAAUGGGCCUUAGCGUAUGGAAGAAAUACCUUUUCUGCUGAUAUGGUUAGCACUCAAAGAAGUGAAAGCAUGAACAAUGAGUUGAAGGGGUACAUUAGUGUCAAAUAUGACAUACUUACCUUUUUCGAGCACUUUGAAAGGUUGGUGGCAGAUAAAAGAAAUGAGGAGGUAAAAUGUGAUUUCAAGGCAACACAAAGUACACCUAAGUUGAAAUCUGAGUUGAGAAUACUAAGGCAUGCAGCAAGAAUUUAUACUCCAACCAUAUUUAAGGUAUUCCAAGAGCAAGUGAUGCAAACACUGAAUUGUGAUCUGUUCUAUUGUGGUGAAAGUAAUGCUGAAAAGGAGUACAAAGUAAAGGUUUAUGGUAGGAGGAAUGAACAUGUCGUGAAGUUUUCUGCAUUGGAAGUUGAAGUAAAGUGUAGCUGCAAAAAGUAUGAAUUUGUUGGAAUCUUAUGCUGUCAUGCGUUGAAGAUACUUGAUAUCAACAAUAUCAAAAAAAUUCCUGAACAUUACAUACUAAAUAGAUGGACAAUUGAUGCAAAAGUAAUUCAUAUAAAGAGCAAUUCUGAGACACAUGAAGAUCCCAAAACAAAGUUAUCAAAACGCAGACAGGAGUUAUGCAGGAUGUACAUUCAUUUAGCUAAUCGAGCUGCAGAAUCUGAUGAAACGUACUUAAUGGCUGUGAAUAAUGCGCAAAAAUUAGCAGAAGAUGUGGAGAAAAGCCUAAAAAUAAGACCUGAUUCAGAUGUUGGUACCUCAUCUCAUCCCGAAGGUUUGCACCCCGAAGGUACAGAAGAAGGAGAACAAACUAUAAAACCAAAAGGCCUGAAGGUUAAGGAGAAGGAAAUUCAUGGAUCUGCGAGACCUAUUGGUGGUUUUGAGAAGGCAACACGGCAGAAAAAGAAGACCAAAAAAGACCCAAUGGUUUCUGGUUCUGCAAAAGAGGCAAACACACAACGGAAAAAGAAAGGCAAGAAUGACCCAAAGGAUUGUGGUCCUAUAGUGGAAGUAGAUAAUGUAACAUAUGGGCAGCCACACUACACUGACCUGGGGCAUUUAGGGACUAGCACAUACCAAAAUCAAAUUCAGAUGGCAGGUUACUAUCCGGGCUACUAUCCACAUGGAAAUGCUUUUGUGCCUCCGCCUUUCAGUUCAUUCUUUGGGACCCCUAACCAUGGUCAAGAUACACAAGGAAAUGUCACUCAGUCAUUCAAUCCAAAUCCCUAUAAUGUGUUUGCCAAUUUUAAGUGA